UCCGAGUUAUGCAGUCGUUGCGCCGCAGCGAAGUUGAACCGCACUGACUUCUCUGAUCCGCCUUUCGUUCCUGAAGAGAAAUACAAGAGGAUUGUGCUGAAGGGCACUCUCGAAGACCUUAGGGAUAAACACUGCAAACUAUGCGACCUUAUCAGGCAUGCCCUGGUUCAGAACGAAGGAACACCCAAAAAUGCAGACAUCGCGACGAAGUGGCAAGCUGUAUGGCUCCAGAACAGCUUCGAGUACGAUCCCGCGGAAGAGGACAUCGAGGAUCAGUAUGGAUCUGGUCUUUACCCGAAGUUGGACAUCGAAGGAAGGUCUUGCAACUACUGUAUUCAACUUGUGGACGAGGCGGACACUAAAGAUUUCUUGCGCGGAAGGCUUACCAGUAAAGGAUUCAACACCGAUCUCGUGCAGUCCUGGCUUAGUCUUUGUCGUCGAGGGCAUGGCGAACACUGCAAAGAAUCAUACAUGGAGGCUAGAGCACAUCCUGGCGGACUCGCUGGUUUCAUGGUAAUCAAUGUCGACAGACUCUGUCUCCAGGACCUGCCGAGCGGGGAGGAGUAUGUCGCCUUGAGCUACGUUUGGGGACUUGCAAAUCGUCCAGUGUCCUUGAAGGACAACGUCGCGGAAUUCAGAAGGCUAGAUGGACUGCGCAUCGAACUUCCGCGGACUAUCCAAGACGCCAUCGUGGUUACUAUCAAACUGGGCUUCCGGUUCUUAUGGGUAGAUUCACUCUGCAUCGUGCAGGAUGACAUAGAUACAAAAGCAGCUUUGAUAGCCAACAUGGACGCCGUUUACAGCCAUGCAACAUUAACUCUUGUUGCGGCUUCUGGGAAAGAAGCCCAGUCGGGAUUGUCGGGAGUCAGCAGAGGCCGAAGGAACCUACACACUCAAGAGCUGGCCCCUGGGUUCCGUCUCGGAGUCUUACCAUUCUUUGAAGAAGAGAUGAUGAAAUCGGAACAUGCCACAAGAGCCUGGACUUACCAAGAGACAUGCUUGUCGCCACGCUGCCUCAUCUUCUUAAAUGGACUUGUCUUUUUCGUAUGUCAUGAAGCGGUUUGGGGAGAGUACGUCAUGGCCGAGCUUCCCAACAUCAGGCCAAUGGAAGGUGCCAACACCCUUGGAAAAAACCAGGACGAGCAGCCUCUCCGCAGGUUUCAGCAGCAUGUGACAGCGUACACAUCGCGGAACCUAUCUUAUCAAGCGGACGGACUGAACGCGUUCUCGGGUAUUGCAAAUGCAUUGUCUCGGUAUCUGGGACAUACAAGGAUUCCCUUCGGCCUACCAUCAUCAGUUUUCGACUGGGCAAUCUUGUGGACAGCUAACCAGAGUGCGCAGGAUUUGAAAAGAAGAGAAGGGUUUCCAAGCUGGUCGUGGGUUGGAUGGCAAGGAUCGACUGACAUGGCGCAGGAUACGGAUAGUGAAUACGACCAGAAGUGGUUACUAAAAGGCACCUGGAUAGUUUGGUUCGUAGUUAACGAGAGCGGGGAGACUGUUUUGCUCUGGGAUCCAAUAAGAGAUGGAACGACUGUAUCUCAACUGGUCACAAUAGUUGGCCAAGAAGCUGACAAAAGAGAUGAGCAUGAGGUCGACGGAAACGCGGCAGAGGAGGAAGUUUGCCCAAGUUACGGAUGGCCCUCACCCUCGAACCCCUAUGGCCGCUGCUUGGAUGAGCGGCUGCUGUCCAUGCUUCCAAUUCACCAAGCUCCAGAAACCCCGUCGACGAUCCCCUCUGGCCUUCCCGUGGCAUCGUUGUACUUUUCCACCAUUGUGAUUUCCCUUUUUGUCGAUAUGCUACCUUCCCACGUGGAACCGGGACUUGCCCAUGUUCUCGACGUCGACCACAACGUAUGUGGUUUCAUCAAUGUCAACAAUCAGAGUCUUGUCCAGCACACCCAGCAGCGUGCGACCGAAACCACCGCUGACAGGAAGAGUACACCCUUCGAAUUGUUGCUUUUGUCAGUAACCCCAUACGGCGUCAAGUCUGUGAAUCAGGACAAGAUUGCCGCUUUCGCACCGCAGUAUCAGCAGAACCAAGACGAUGUUGCAGCGUUGGACGAACUCGAUUUGCCUGGAGACUUCGAGUUCCUUAACAUUAUGCUCACAACGCCACAGGGAGCGAAUGUGGCUUUUGGACGGGAUGGACAGGAAGAUAUUAUCGAGCUUACCCAGAGAGUUGGGCUUGGGUUCCUGCACAAAGACGCUGUUCGUAAUUCAUUGCGUCCGGGAAUCAUCUGGAAAGAAAUUGUCUUGGUGUAAGCGGUUUGUUGCAGGGCGUUAAGUGGCUAUGAGCGACCGCGGAGCUGGUGGAGUUGCAGGACAUAAUCAACAAGCAUGAUAACAUUUGGAAGAUCAGACUGGAGCACGAAUUGUAC